AUGUCUGCUAAAGUUUUAAAAGCUAAAAAGGAAAUGCAGAAUGUACAAAAGCAAGUUCGGGAUUCUCCUUUAUGUCCUCAGCUUGCUAGGAAUGAAAGAGUUGUUGUUCAAAAGUAUGUUACUCUAGUUAAAUAUGAAGAAUCCAUGCUUAAACAAAAAUCUAGAGUGCAGUGGUUGGAUCUUGGGGACUCUAAUUCUUCUUUUUUCUUUAAUUCUGUCAAAGAAAGAAGAUCCAGGAAUAAUAUUUUAACUUUAACUUCUUCUUCUGGUGAAGUUCUUGAUGAAGAUGAGCCUAUUGCUAGAGAAUGCAUUAAUUUUUAUUCUGAGUUAUUUGAUGAGCAUGACACUAAGACUAGUAAAAGUGAUAUUAUUGAUAAUUUGAAUUUCAGUUCUCUGGUUAAUCCUUCAGCUGCUGCAGAUCUCAUUAAGGAAGUUACUAGAGAUGAAAUUUUUAUUGCUCUUUCUUCUAUUGGUUCUAACAAAGCUCCAGGGCAUGAUGGAUUUUCAAGUCAUUUUUUCAAGCAUUGCUUGUCUAUUGUUGGAGAUGAUUUUGUUGCUGCUAUUCAAAAUUUCUUUGCCAAGUCUAGAAUGUUAAAGGAGGCUAAUAGCACUUUCCUAACCUUGGUUGUUAAAUGUGAUAAUCCUUCUAGAGUUACUGAUUAUAGACCUAUUUCCUGUUGUAAUGUUAUUUAUAAGUGCAUAGCUAAAAUCAUCUCUAUUAGGAUGAAGAGAAUCUUGCAAGACUUAAUUAGUGCAAAUCAAUCUGCAUUUGUCUCUGGUAGAGCAAUUCAAGAUAAUAUUUUGGUGGAUCAUGAAAUAGUGAGAAAUUAUCAUAGGAUUUCUGGUACUCCUAGAUGUUCUCUGAAGAUUGAUCUUAAGAAGGCUUAUGAUACUGUGAGCUGGAAAACAGUUAUUGACACUAUGAAGAAGAUGGGGUUUUAUGAUCAGUUUUUACAGUGGAUCUUUCUUUGUAUGUCUACUGCUAAAUAUUAUAUUCUAAUGAAUGGCUCUCCUCAUGGAUUCUUUGAUGCUUCUAGAGGCUUAAGACAAGGAAAUCUUGAAGCUGCUACAGUUCUUAAAACUUGUUUAGAUGACUUCAGUAGCUGUUCUGUCCUUCAAGUGAAUAAUCAGAAGACUGAUUUACAUGCUUAUGCUACAGAUUCUUCUUUGCUUUCUGAUAUCACUGCUUGUCUCAAUUGUACUUCUAGUGAGCUUCCUGUCAGGUACCUUGGUUUGCCUUUACUAUCUACAAGACUCUCUUAUGAUGAUUGUUUACCUCUUAUAUCUAAAGUGAGAGCUAGAAUUAAGUCUUGGAAAGCAAAGCACUUAGCUUUUCCUGGUAGAGUUAGACUUAUUAAAGCUGUGCUUACUGAUAUGUCUGGAUCUGACUUAGGCAAGAAGCACAAUCCUAUAGGCUGGAGUACUAUUUGCUUACCUCUUGAAGAAGGAGGUCUUGGUAUUAAGGAUCUUGCUGCUUCAAACAUUGCUUGUAAUUUGAGACAUAUUUGGGAUCUAGUUACUAACAAGAGUUCUAUUUGGACAAAAUGGGUCAAGGAUAAUUUGAUUAAACACAAGAAUUUUUGGGAGAUGAAGACACCUCAAGAUUCUUCAUGGUGCUGGAGAAGAGUUAUUGAACAUAGGCCUAUUGUCAGGAAGCUUCUUGGUUCUGUGAUUGGUGAUGGAACUAAUACUUUAUUUCUUCAAGAUAAUUGGCAUCCCAAAGAUCUUGUUAUUUGGAAACCUAGUACUUCGGGGCAGUUUACUACGAAAGAUACUUAUAAGGCUAUUUCUCCUCAUGGUGAUCCUAUCUUUUGGCACUCGAUUGUUUGGUUCAAGUUGCAUAUACCUAGACAUUCCUUCAUUGCUCGGGUGGCUCUCCAUGGAAGACUGAAGACUAGAGAUAAGCUUGUUAGAUGGGGAAUCAGUGAAAAUUAUAAUUGUGUUCUGUGUGAUAAUGGUAGAGAAUCUGAAGCUCAUCUAUUCCAUGAAUGCCCUUUUUCUGCUCUUAUUUGGUCUGGUUUGCUUCUUAAAAUGGGGUAUAACAGAGGUCCUUCUACUUCUUGGGAGGUCAGUCUUCUCAUUGUAAAUGAUAUCCAUCUGAAAUUGAGUGCUCACCCUAGAAGUAUCAGUGAUACUCCUGAUAACAGAAGAUUUCUUCAGAACUGGAAUGUUGAGUGCACAUUUACUGUCAAAAUUUGGAAGCAAUGUAGUUGGAUGGGUCCUGAGGAGGAUGAAGUUAUGAUUAACACGGAUGGUUCUCUCAAGGAGACUACUGCUGGUUUUGGUUUUGUACUGAGAGAUCAUAAAGGUGAUGUUAUUGAUUGUGCCGUUGGUGGGUGUGAGCCUAUGUUUGUUGUUGUUCAUGAGUUGCAGGGUGUUGAGCUGGGUCUUAACUUGGUUGUUCUAAACCAGCUGCCUAAAGUGCAUGUCUGUGUUGAUUCUAUGACCAUUUUUCUUCUUCUAAACAAGUCUGAGCCAAAGCCACCUCGGAAUUUAAUUCAUAUGUGGAGAAGGUUUUGUGCUCUACUGGGUAAUUUCAAAGAGUCAGAGUUAGUCACUGCUUUAGAGAAACUAAUCGUGUUGCUGAUUGGUUAUCUAUCCUACGUCUCAGAUGCAAUUUGGUUCGACUGUCGCCUGGACAGUAUAGCUCUGAGUUCAGUCUCAUUUUGUUUGAGGGGAGUAGUGGCAAAAUUUACUGGAGGUAGUUAG